GAAGUGGAAAAAGAGAAAAGAGAAGGGAGUAAGGGACGGCUUAGUUGAUGUUGCAGCCUGCAGGUAGUUCUUUUGAUGGUUGAUCAACACAACAAGAUAGCAAAUGUGUAGGUUUUGUCUUAAACAUACAAACAUUGCGUGUCAGUAAAUUUGAAUAUAGAAAGGAAAGCACAAAAGUGUUCGAACAUGAACAAUAUACUUACCCCUAUGCUUUUGAACUUUUCCAUACUGUGAAUGUAUAAAAAAUGUGCCCCACGGUGAAAUAAAUAAGUUUAGACUUAUUGAAAUGUCACAAGGAUCAUCACUUCAGAACUAGAAAACCGUAAAGCACGAUGAAUGAUCAAAAUUUUGUAGCAGCACUCCUCGAAGAGAUUGCGCUCGAAGGGCUCGAUGGAAUAACCAUCGAAGCAUUGUGGCUUCGUAUUGAUGACCGGUCUAGUUUUCCGAUCAAGCCGAUUGAAGAUUGCACCAAAGUCUAUCUGUGGAACUUUAUCCGCAGGCUGGCCAAUGUCGAGUUCUACGAACUGCCAGUUCCUAGGAGCCCUUUGGUCAUCUUCCACAGAUUGGACCAUGUAGACUCUGCAGGAAAUUAUUACGAACCGGAAAAUAUACCUCCAUGUCCGUAUCCACAUAAGCCAGUUAUAUACAACGGCAUCAAAGGGUCUUGCAGUACUUUUCAUGAAAGGAUCGACAUUACAUCUUCCGUUCGUAAAAUGUCUUAUUCGGAAGUGAUCGCAAAUUGGGGAGAAAAAUUAGUUAUUGUAGCUGAUCAGUGCACAAGAAAACAAGUUCUGUCGAUUCCAGAAUUAAAUCCACUCGUGGAACUCACGGAUCUUCAAUACUGCGUUUUAGAGAGAAUCGGCAGAUCGAGAUAUUCGGGUGAAAUCACCCAGGGAAAAUAUGGACUUCAGGUUAUAACUGAAGAUCCCAAAAUGCUUUUUUAUUAUAGAAAGUUUCUCUAUAAGCAUAAAUUAAUAACAAAGCAGGUUUUCCAUUUGAAACUUGGUAAACAUAAUUGUACAGGAUCUUUACUCCACAUUCCUAAAUUUUCUUCUAAAGUGAAGUCGAAGCAGAAAUCAGACGUUGAAAAACUUUUUGAAUACUUGAAGCAACAGCCGGGAAAUUUCGCCUUGUAUAAAACCAUGUUGCAACACUUCGACGCCAAGCUUGACAUAAAGAAAAUUUUGCAAAAGUAUCCGAAAGUGUUUCAAAGCAAAUUGGUGUCGUACAGGACGAUUUAUCCGAAAGCGCCGAUGUACGAGUGGAAAAUGAAAUCGGGCGUUGCUGAAAAAUCAUUACGGAUAUUAAAACUAAUGAACCCGAACGAAAAUUUCGAUGGUGAAGAGGAAGAUGAAGAUGAUGAUGAAAAUGGUUUGCUUGAUACGAGUUUUAGAAGAUUGGACCGCUCGAUGAUCAGGCAGUGUUAUUCCUUUGUGGAACAAGCCGGCCCUCGAGGAUUGACGCAAGUUUCUAUUGGAUCAUUGCUAGCAGCCCCUUCACUGCAAGCCCGAUGCCUUUGUAAAUAUCUUUUAAAACGCAACAUUUGCGGCACUGCUAUGAUUGAUUUAGGCCGACAACGUAUAAACCACUUUUAUAGUAAAAAGUUUGAUUCAUCUAAAUACAUGAUGAAAAAUGUGAUGAUGGCAGAGAAGAGUAAAUUGAUGGAAAUGGUGACUCCACAAGAUGAAGAUGAUGGUACUAACACCGGUAAAACGAAAAACAAAAGGGCAGCAAAAGGGAAACAGCCGGUUAAAAAAAAAUUAAAAGUCGUCGAAGAAAACGGGCCUUCUUUCUUUAAAAAUAUAUUGAAAGAACCGUUGCCGACUUCAAGGCCCAGUCAGGAGGAUAUCGAUGCUAUAGAAACUAAAAUUGUCGCUUCUACCAUCAAACCAACAUCGGACAAAAAUUUUCCAUCAUUAACUGGUGACCCUUCUACAUCUAAGAUGAACAACUUGACAGUUAGGAUUCUAAAAAGGGCCAAUUUAAUCAUGCAAGCCGUUAACACGCACAAAGUGAUCCAUGACCCUCAAAAAUUACAAAGGAUGAUCAACGAGGAGGAAAACUCAGAAGGUUCUAUGUACACUGUUGAUAGAAAAACUGUACAAAGAUUGAUUGAAAAAUUAGAACUGGACGGGCACAUUCGAACGAUUAAGGUGACCCUAAAGGGCCACGGGAGGGAGAAGCAUAUGACAUUCAUCUGUCAUCCUUCAGUCGAUCAAGACCAUUCUGAAAUCCAAUCGGCCAUUGAACAAGCAAAAAUGAAGCUGCCGAUUAUAACGAAAGACUUGAUGAAAAAUAAGAAUGAUAAAGCUAACCAAGCGGCUAAAUAUGAAACUUUAACAUACAACCAAAAAGCAGGGCGAAAAUACGGGUUCAAACCUAAAUUUGUUCGGAUGAAAAUUCUACAUAUGUACAUGCACUACUUGCUCUACAGCUAUGAUGGAAACCCCAUCACAGACGAAGACGUGCUUAAGUCAGUUGUGGCGGAAGCGAAAGUAGAUGAAAGUUUUAUCAAAGAAAUGUCAACGCUGUACAGAACGACAAUUGACUGGAGAAUGUUCAUUUCUCCUCUUCCAUUUCAUGAAGGGUACAGCAAGGGUUGGUGCCUCAUAAGCGAUCUUCUUGUCCGACUGCCGCUUACACUUUUCCUCGCUAUAGUCAACGUUCCAUAUGACAUUCCAAACAUAAUGGAUUAUUUGAACCACCCAAUAAGGAAAUACUUUUUGGUCAAACACCUCCCGCAUGAAAUUGCUAACCAGUUGACUGUCAAUCGGAAGUAUAUAUUUUCAAUAAGCGACAUUGUUUCACGCCUUGGCUAUAUUGGCCUAUUGCAAAUGGGACCACACAAAUUAAAGGAGAAAGAUCAGGUGUUUGUUUAUUUAAACAAACACGCUGUGCUUCUUGACACGACAACAUCUGAAUCUGGGUACAAUCACAUUUCGUCUUCUAUGAAAUACGAACAGAUGAAUUAUAAUUUUAAAACGAUCAAAGAUGUCGAACAAUACUGGUACGAUUUGUGCAAUUUCGCCAUGCAUACAAAUUUAGGAUGUCGGACAAGCAUGACAGGGCAACCCGUCGUCAUCGAAAAUGUAACAACAAAAUUACAGCUUUUGGAGGCAAUAAGUCCGAGACAGAUUGAAGAAGCAGUUGAGUUAGAUAUGGGCUACCUCCCUGGCGACAAACUUGGUGCGGGUGGUCUUGACAGCGAUAUGUUUGUUCACUUGAAGCGUAAUUGGUAUUGGACAAAUGAAGGCAAAAUUGACCCAAGUCAUCCAACUGUUAAAAAUAUCCUAGAUCCUCCUCAUAUGAAAGGGGUUCAGAAAAAGAAUGUUGGGAAGAAAGCAACUAAAGCAUGCAUACCGAAAAAAUCGUCAGAUAAAGAGAAAAGCAAGUCUAAGAAGAAUGAUAACGAACCUACCAGUACUAGUGGAGUUAAUAAUAGUGAAAAUGUCUCACCGGUUAGUAACGCAGAAGGCGCCCAGGUAUCAAAAGUCGAUCAAAAGUCCAAGUAUAAGUUGAAAAAGAGAGCCAAACACAGAAAAAUAACGCGCAUAGUCAAACCGAAAAGCACCAGAUUCGGCAGGAGGCCGUAUUACGACCAAGUGGAUAAAGAGGCAUUGAGAAGAAUGGUGAAGUUAAGAGUCGACUGGAUGUCUGCUGAGGACAAUCUACUGUUGAUUUGUAAGGUUGCAUCGCUUUACAUGACAACAAACAACAAACGACACAUAGCUAAAAAUUUCUUCGUCAUAAGAGAAAUUCUCCACACAACUUACCCGGAAAUUUCUAAAAACAAAACAUCCAGAGCUUGCCAGAGGAGGAUGCACUACAUGAUGCGCAAUCCUUCAACAUCACACAGUGUGUACAUGUGUUUAGAAGAAAUAAAACAGGAUCCAGAAAUUAACGAUAAGUUUAGCAGCUCUGUCGAAAAACUCGAUGCGCUCAUAAAAGCCAAAGGCGAGGGGCCAAAAGGAUAUCAAAAAGAGUUUGACAAAAUAUUCACAAGUUUGGUGUACAAAUUGCUCGGCAAGUUAAAGACUAUCACAAACAAGGAUAACAUAUCGCUGGACAACAUUUCAAUUCCUGAUACGCUGGAAGAAUUCAAAAAAGCGUAUAAAACGGUCGUACCCAAAAACCUAAACAUGAGGUAUGGAACAUUUAACGAAGUUCAGAAUACAGUCGACAUACUUUGCUCCGUAGUCAACACAAUCAUACACAGCUCACUGUGUUGUACAACGGACAAGACGUCAUAUUCGUACCAGCUGUUUUUCAUCUACCAACAAUACCCAGAUAAGCUUCUAAGGUCUGUUAUGACUAAGUGUAGGACGAUGUCUAUCGUUUCUUGCCGGAAGAGACACAAGAAAUGGCGAUCGGCUCAUACUGGUUGUCUCCCUCUGUCUUCAUCGCCGUACCAGCUCUCAAUAACGUACGUGAACAUAUUGCAAACAAGGUACCAAUACCAGAUUUACUCUGAAGCGCACAACUGCCUCACGAGUAUUCUCGAUUUGGAACAGCCCGGUUCAAAUAUAAUAACGGAUGUGGAGCUUAACGUCACAAACGGAGGAGAGUGUGCAAGCAUGGUCGAACUUUAUUCAGCGGGUUUUGUUGAAAUGGGAGUCACUUUUCCUGAACAUUUAAUCGUACUCGAUCCAAGGCUGUCUGAAACUGAGGAAAGUUACAACCUGAUCAUGAAGAGGUUCAAAGAAAUGCUUUCGGUUGUUUCAUCGUCGAAUAAAAAACUAGACAAAACUGAGACUCAGACUGAUGAAGAUGAAGAAGAAGAAGACAUACAGACAUGUCGGAAAACAUCACAAACCAGUGAAACAAGCUCACGAGAGAAAGAACCUAGUAAUUUUGGCGAAGAAUUUAAUUUAUCUAAUAAAUCUGGUGUGGCAAAUACUGCCUCGAGAUUGGCCUUGUACAUGAUGAGGGAUGAACCUUCCGAGUAUUUGGAUAAAGGUUUACAGCAUGCUCAUGAUUAUUUUGUUUUAAAACCUUGCAAAAUAACUGUGACUUUAAAUAAAGAAAACGUGCACGGAGCAAUUUAUGACAAGGUCAUUAAAAGCACAAUAGAAGCAGAAAUAAAGAGAUUGGCCAUUUUUCCGGAGGCGCACACAGAUUCUGCUACGAUUAUCGAUACAUUGAAACAAGACCAUGAUGAGGCGAAUCUUACAAAACUGAUAACGUUUUUGGAGUGCAAAAAAGAACUUGGAGCAACAUACAACGAUAUUGAGCAAAAUGUUGGAGGUACGAAAGAAAUUGCUGACAUCUUAGAUUCAUUGGUGAUGAGACAGUAUGUGUUAAAAACCGGAUGUGUCAAUGUUCGAUUUGUCCUCAACAUGUUCACAAAGCAUUGGCUCGUGAAAUCUUACUAUAUACCACGCAGCAAAAGGGAAUGUUUGGAAGACACGAGCAACGUUUCCUUCCAUGUAAACUUAGGCGAACAAGACGAUGAACCAGUGAAAAAGAAAACCAAGCUGUGUGAUGACGACAACACGGCAAAGGGCAGUAUGGAUAUAGACGAGGAAGAGCCGAAAACCCCUCCCGAAUCGGAAGAUAAAAAUGACACAAAUUCAGUUUCACCACCCGAAGGGCGGAUUUUCCCCAAAACGAUCAGCUAUCAGAAAAAAAGGAAAUGGGUCAAUCUUCCAAGAGAAAAUAGAUUUCAAGAAAUGGAUUUUUCAUCAAUGGAACCAGUACAUAUUUCAAUCCGGCCUUGGAUUCGAAUCGACGGAACGUUAAACCACAGAGUUCUAGAUCGGCUUUUAGGUUCUAUACUAGGUCACUGUAUGACUUUUCCAGGCACAUCUUUGAAAAGCAUCUCAGAACGUUUUACACCGGCGCUUCAGCCUGUGCACACCUUUGAUCUUCUUGAUAUAUUGGUAAAAAUAGGCUGUAUAACUAUGCACACAGUCAGACAAUUGAAUAAAGUGACCUUGUGCUCAAAGAGAUCCCCUAUUAUUAUCGAGGACUUUUCCGGCUUUGGAGACCCUUCCACACAAAUCGUGGAGCCCGAUAGUCUAGCGAUAUCGAGAUUGGGCCAUUUCAUAGGGAAAACGUCAUACAAGAGAGACUACGUGGAUGCGUUGACUUACGCCAAAAUUUUCGAUAGAUUAUAAAAUGCAAUUUUACUUGUAUUAACAUAUGAAUUUAUUUAAUGAUUUUAUUAUUGUCACCCCUGCAUAGC